AUGAUAAAGAAAUUUUGCAAGGACAGCAACGAGCCUAUUCCAAGGGGUCUGCAGAAUAUGGAUGAUGAAACUUUGAUUAAUCAAGUGAGACAAUACCUUGAGUCAAAAAGGAAAUCUUUUCCUGUUCAUGUCCAUGAGCUACAACGUUUGCCUCCAGACAAAGCAUGGGAGCUGUUUUGCAACAAGACGUUUAGAGGGCACUGUCCAACAGAACUUGAGGAGAUGUCCAGAGAAAUUGUUCAAAAAUGUGGAGGGCUACCAUUAGCUAUUGUGGCCAUCGGUGGUCUUUUGUUAACAAAAGCUAAAACCCUCAUUACAGCUACUCAAAAUCACGAAUAUCCGUCAACACAAAGACAUCAUAACGCUCACAAACAACACAGAGAAUCAACGGAUAGCAGGAACUGA